CACCCCAAAUUGAGGACCCAGGCGGUCCUUCACCUCGAAGCCUGGGGGGUCUGACCUCGGGCCUUUGCUUUCCGAGGCCUCGAGUCUCGCUGAGCCCAGGGGUGUAGAGAAACUCGAGCGGCGAGGCUACCCGGAACGAUUCUUUCGCGGAACCAUCGCGGCGAGGCCGCUAGGAGCGCCCGCAGGGACGGACCGCGGCGGGCCGGGCCAGCCUGGCAGGGAUGGCGGCGGCGGCGGCGGCCGCGGCUGACGCGGCGCCGAGGAUCGCGGUCCCCGUGGGUCUGCGGCGCGAGCGGCGCAUGGUGUGCGUGGAGUACCCAGGCGUGGUGCGCGACGUGCCCAAGAUGCUGCGGACUCUGGGCGGCGAGGAGGGCGUUUCCCGGAUCUACGCAGACCCCACCAAGAGGCUGGAGCUGUAUUUCCGGCCCAAGGACCCUUACUGCCACCCAGUGUGCGCCAACCGCUUCAGUACCAGCAGCCUGCUGCUCCGCAUCAGGAGGAAGACCAGGCGGCAGAGGGAGGUGCCGGGGCCUGAGCCCCACCCCAAGGUCACAUUUGACAUAGAGAUACUUGGCACCAUCUCCACCAUUUACAAAUUUCAAGGAAUGUCCGACUUCCAGUACUUGGCCGUGCACACGGAGGCUGGCGGCAGGCACAUGUCCAUGUAUGACAAAGUGCUCAUGCUCAAGCCUGAGAAGGAGAGUUUUUUCCACCAAGAGCUGCCGCUCUACAUCCCCCCACCCAUCUUCUCUCGGCUGGACACCCCAGUGGACUAUUUCUAUCGACCAGAGACGCAGCACCGGGAAGGCUACAACAACCCCCCCGUCUCAGGCGAGAACCUGAUUGGCCUGAGCAGGGCCCGGCGCCCCCACAAUGCCAUCUUUGUCAACUUUGAGGAUGAUGAGGUGCCCACGCAGCCGCUGGAGGCUGCAGUCCAGACGUGGAGGAGGAUCUCUACCAACCCCCUGGACCGGAAGGUGGAGGAGGAGCUGAGGAAGCUGUUUGAAAUCCGUCCCAUCUGGUCACGAAACGCUGUCAAGGCCAACAUCAGCGUCCACCCUGACAAACUCAAGGUUUUGCUGCCCUUCGUGGCCUAUUACAUGAUAACAGGGCCCUGGAGAAGCCUGUGGAUCCGAUAUGGGUACGAUCCCCGAAAAAACCCAGACGCCAAGAUUUAUCAAGUCCUUGAUUUCCGAAUUCGUUGUGGAAUGAAAUACGGUUACGCCCCGAGUGACAUGCCCGUCAAGGCCAAGCGCAGCACCUACAACUACAGCCUUCCCAUCACCGUCAAAAAGAUGCCCAGCCAGCCUGUCACCAUGCAUGACCUGAAGCAGGGCCUGGGCCCGUCGGGGAUGGCCGGCACGCGGAAAUCGACCUCCAACAAGUACAAGCUCAAGGACUCGGUCUACGUCUUCCGGGAGGGGGCCUUGCCACCCUAUCGACAGAUGUUCUACCAGUUAUGUGACUUGAACGUGGAAGAGUUGCAGAGGAUCAUUCACCGCAACGACGGGGCUGAGAACUGCUGCACGGAGCGAGAUGGUUGGUGCCUCCCCAAGACCAGUGAUGACCUGAGGGACAUGAUGUCCCUCAUGAUCCGGCAGACCAUCCGCUCCAAGAGGCCUGGUGAGAGCGCUCAGGGUGAAGGGGGGCCCUGCUCUGGGACAGAGCAAGUAUCCCUAAAGGCCCUGCUCCCCAAGAAAUUACACCCAAGUGGAAUCAUCCCGCCGGGAGCCAGAUCUCCCAGGCUGCCUGCCUCUCCCUGGGUGGAGACAGGCCCGGAGGGCAGGGCUGGAGCAGGGCUGGAGCAGGGCCGGCACAGGGCCGGAGCAGGGCCGGAGCAGGGCUGGUGCAGGGCUGGAGCAGGGCUGGCGCCGCCAUUGGAACCACCGCUUUGUGCCCUGACACCCCCCUACCUCUUCCAGCCAUUUGUGGGCGCAUCCAGCCUGUCUUCUUGCACUGGGAGAGCUGGGGCAGCAGGUGUGGGGGGCCUGUCACCCCCCCACGGGCUGCCCCUUUCUCCGGACCAGGCAGCCCUGGCCGCUGGCCGGCGGUAGGGGGACGUGAGGGAAAGGGAGCACUCGCUGGUCUGCAGGUCUGAUGGGGCGGGGGGCGUGAGCGAGAGGGCCCCUCUCACGGCUUCCUCCCGGACCCCGCCGGACUCCACGGAGCUGACGGGAGUAGGGGCUCUCAGCCUCAUUUGGGACCCGGCUCCAUCUGAGAAUCGGCUUGAGGCUCUGGACCCUCUCCCCAGAAAAAAGCACUCACACAGCACGUCCUGCACACUGUCGGGGCCCCUUGGACCCGUGAAGCCACCCAGCCUCCUAUGGGGAAGUGGCUUGCAAAGCUGUUGGCUUCCGUAUUCCCCUGAAGUGCUUGUUACGCUGUAGAGUGCCAGGCCCCCCGGCCCUCUGUACUUCCCCAGGCAGCUUCUCUGGGGCCUGAGCCCAGACACCCGUCGUAAACGGGCCUCCAGCAGCCUGAUUGCUGGUCUGGACGCUGGGCUGUCCGGCACCUCUGUCAGGCUGAGGCCAGCAGUAGCUGGUCUGGGGGCCACCCAGGAGGCCUGUGCUCCACACAUGGCCUUGUUUCCUGGCCCCAGCUCUCUUCUCCAGCCCAGCCAAGGCCGACAGGGGGAAAGAGCCCCUGACGUACGAGUCUGGGGAAGAUGAGGAGGACGAGGAAGAGGAGGAGGAGGACUUCAAGCCAUCCGAUGGCAGCGACAAUGAGAUGGAGACAGAGAUUCUGGA